AUGCAACCUUUAAACCCAUUCCUGGCCGCCUUCUUCAAAAGCUCCCUCCCAAGCCAGUGCACACCGGUUCAUCAUCACAUCCUACUGGUCCCGUCAACGGAUGUGCUUCUCACGUUCCGCGAGACCGAGAGCGGCUCAGCCCCCGCUGAGGUCAUCGCCUCGGAGGACUUUCUCGCCAGUCAUGUCCUCCGUGUGCCUGCUCCGAAUGGAGCAGCAGGAUCUAAGGAUGGCGCCCAGAACUUGCGCGAGGUGAGAGGAAAGGCGAAGCAGUUCUCUACUUUGAACGGCAAGAGCGUGGUUAUCAAGGACGCAUUCAUAUAUAGCAACAAAGGCUUCAAAACACUCGCGCAAGCUCAACUUCUCAACGACAUCGUAUUUUACCCCGACGUCUUUGAACCACGACAAUGGCUUCUCUACUUUAUCUCGAGGCCCCUUGUAGGCAUCUGGGAGGAGAACAAGAUCGUUCCGGCCGUCUUCAUACCUGGCAUUAGGAAGCGAAAGACGAAUGAGCAGAAGCAGACAUCCAACGCCGAAUCAACCGAGAAUGCCGCCCCACGCAAGAAGGACAUCAAGAGCUUCCAUGACCUACUCAACAACUUCCCCAUGAUCGCAAGGCAGAUGCAGCCCGGCCUCGAGAAGCUGUUCCUCGAAUUCACCAACGUCUUCCGCAAACCUCUACCUCCUCCGCCAUCGGCCGAGCAUAUCCCAGACCCUGAACCGGAUGGGCCUAUUACUAGUGCCAUGAAACGAGCUCGAUCUAACAGCACAUCGGCAAGGACGGGCACGGGCGAUGAUAGUAGGCUUCCAGUCAUGGAAAACUUUUACGCCGAAGAUGACGAGGAUAUUAUGAGAGCAUCACUUGAAACUGCUGUCACAGCUGCUAUCGACCUUUUCCAAGGAGUCGACAAGCAGCAGCUAUCCUUGUUGGGAGCCACGACAGACCUGACAGGUCCUCUGGUUGAGAAGCUGAUUGAGCGCUAUGUCACGGAGAAUGUUCACAAUCAGCUUUUCCCUAGGCUAAAUGCUCUAAAGCGACCAUACGACCUAGAGCUCGAAGCCAAGAUCAAGAAGAUGCAGUUCAUCGACAUAUCUCAAUUGGGCAUUGGCAUUGAUGGUGGCUCCAAGGCGAAACAUGACCUCAUUAUUCAGCUCGGGCCUGCUGUCGAGGAGUUUAAGAAGAUCUCUGCAGCUACAUGCCCACAGGUCAUGCUGGGUCUCUUGCUGUCAACGAUCAAGAUUGUGUCGCAGCUAACAGACUCCUCCAAGUCACAUACGGUACCAUCAGACUCGUCCUCUGAGAAGCCUAUCAUGACUGUUAACGCGGACACACUGGUCUCAUUCCUUCUGUACGUUGUGAUACGAUCUCAAGUCAAGCAGCUCCAGGCUCGAUUGAUCUAUGUCCGGAACUUCAUCUUUAUUGAUGAUGUCGACAGUGGCGAGCUGGGUUAUGCCUUGAGUACGUUCGAAGCUGUACUGGCCUAUCUAGUCCUCGACUCGGCGGGUUUGCGACGUGCAAGCCGAAGGAAUAAAGCCCUAUGGGAUGCCGCAAAGACCGGGACUCUUGAUGACCUCAAAAAGAUCAUGGAACCCGAUACCAGUACCCCAGAUGACGACGAUUUGUCUGAAUCUCCCAUCUCAAGCCGUCGGCCGUCAACUGCGUUGAGCCUUCAAAAUGACACGCGGUCUUCAGGCCCAACCAGGUCUCGGAGGUCCUCAUUGGUCUUGUCGCAAUACGAGCAUUUCUCACACGGCUCAGGGCUCAGCCAUGUGUUUCCCUUCCAAGCAAAUGGUGACAAUGAGGUACACUCACAUGACUUUACGAUACCUAUACGAAGGGUGAAGAAGGUGUCUAUGGACACUCGAAGUUUAUCGGAGGCGUCUGAAGUGUCUUUCCACUCCCGUACUGGAAGCGUAGGCACGAUUGGGAGCGCUCUGGAGGGAGACAUCUCUGUUGCCCGACUGUCGCAAACCAACAAUGCUUUUGGAGAAUCUGUCCUCAUGAUGGCUAUUCAAGCCGAACGAGCAGAGACGCUCAAGUACCUGCUUUCUCUCUCCGAGUACUUCCCUGCCUCCUUUGUUCUUGACGACAUGAACAACGAGGAUACCACCCUAUUGAGCGCCGCCAUUCAACUCGGUAAUGCGCAAAUCAUAGACAUGACCAUCGAGUUUGUGAUUUCGUCGACGACCCCCAAGCAACUCACAUCAUAUCUUGCGCAGCAAGACAUCUGGGGGCGCAGCUGUGGUCAUUAUCUCUUCAACGCACCCUCAUUAAUCACACGAAUCGGCCAUUUGAUACCAUGGCGACAACGGGAUAAGAAUGGCCAAACACCCUUGUUCGCUCUUUGUCGAUCAUACGACCACGGAAACUACCACGAGAUGGUUGAGGCUGGGUUGAGUGUAGCGGCGGCUUACCAGCGUGACGGACAGCCCCUGCACAUCGACGAACACAUCGACAAUAAGGGGAACACGAUACUGCACAUUAUGAAUGAUGCAGGUCUCGCCCUAAGGAUCCUGCAGUACUGCGAUGUCGACGUCAAUGCGACGAACGAUAAGAGAUUUACGGCGUUGAUGGUUGCUAGCAAAUACGGCAGAUAUGACAUGGUUCGCUCACUGUUUGCUGAUCCAAGAGUGGACGUGGGAGCCAAGGAGAUUAGAGGCCUCACAGCCGUUGAACUGGCAAAGGACGACGAUGUGCGUAACAAGAUUGACGACCUUGCCCUCUUCAGCAUGGCACCGGGGCCGGAUGCCCGUAUCACAGGAGUGGUCAGGGCCUUCUUUGUGGAGGACGCAACCGUGCGGUUGGUGUUGAAGUCGGCUGCUCCAACGGACCACGACAGCUACACGGUCACGACCAGUCGCCGUUCGCUCACGGAUUUUGAGCACCUCCCUAACCUACUGGCACUUGAGAACCCGGCAUCAUGGAUUCCAUCGCUCAAUGACGUGCGCUCACCAUUCCAAAUACCAUCAAAGCCUUCGCGAGCCAUCUUGCGAGACAUGCAAUCUCGAGCGGACUGGUUCUUGAAGAUCAUGCUCAUGCAUCCGACAUUCGCAACACACGAGAUGCUAUGGGAGUUCUUCCUUGUGCCAGAGCUACAGUUGGACAUGAUGGAGCAGCGGACUCUUCUCAAGGCAGAAACCAGAUCAGAAAGGGUGAGAGAUGAGUAUGAGCCAGUGGAGGAUGUGAGAGAGGUGGAACAGUUUGUCAACCAUGCCCGAGAAAUGGUUAGGAGCGUCAACUACUCGACUAAGAGCGCGACAAGACGAGCCAACAACGUUGGGCUUGUGGUGGCAGACAUGUACGAUUCGUCAGUGCUACUUCAUCGAGCUGUUUCAACGCUGCAGUUCCUCCCCACCACGCACGUCGAGGCGUUUGAAACAUAUGUGCGGUCGAUCGUGCCGACCCAGUCAAAUGCUCAAGCGACUCUUCACUCGACACUCUUGGCCCUGCAAUCGACGGUGCAGGCGCUCUUGGCAUCCCUGUCACGCCCCCCGUCUCUCAUAUCUCAGAUGAGAGCCGCAAAGCGUGAGGCUGAUAGGAACUUUAACUCUCUCAACAAAUCAAGGUGGCCCUUGGGGCUUUUGGAUGAUACAAGACAAAGGCUAUAUGACGAGAAGGAAGAGCGAGCACGGAAGUCCCGGGAAGAAGCCGCCAACAUCGCAAGGGAACUUCGGUACACACAGCAGACAGUAGCUGGAGAGCUUGCAGGGUGGCAGGAACUACACGACAAGCUGGGUCGCCGGGCGAUCCGGGAAUUCGCGCGAGGAAUGGUAGUGCAAGAGAGGAUGAAGUUGGAGGGCAUGAUGAGGGCGCUCCGGAAAAUCAGGACAGGCAACGGAGAAGGGGGGGCACAUGCAGCGGGCAACGGGACGAGGUCACCAGCCCCUUCCUCACCGAGACGGGAGGCGACGGAAGCGCAACCGGCGGCGAUGGAUGACUCGGAGGGCGGUGGCGAGGUUGGAUAGUCGGGUAGCCUUGAGAGUGGAUACACGGACUGUCAAAUCCACGAUAUUGGGGAACCAGGCA